GAUAAUGACCAGCCAAAGCAACGACCCCUACAGAGCAAGUAAAACAGAAAAUCCAUUUGACAUCUGACGGACGAUGGGAUGAAUGUUGUUGUGAAGGAAGGAUUUGAGAUCUUGAAAAGAAGUUUUCCUGACAUCUCUCUGACUCAAGCAAAAGCUGCGAGAGGAGUUUUAAAAGAUGGACUGUGAGGAUGAACACGGCGACCAGUCACCAACUGGAUCAAAAUCCAACUUUCAUGAAGAUGAGCCGCAAAAUAAUUCAGCUUUUAGUACAACGUUUCAACAAACUGAGCCAUCAGAUGUACAAGAUUUGGAAUCUACUAAAACAUGUCUAAAGGAUAGUGAACUAUCACCAACCGAUGUACUCUCUGGGAAGGAAAACUCGUGUCUUAUUUCUCCUCUUAGCAAAUCGAAACCACUACCAUUUGAUGUGCAAAUUAAAGAAUUCCCAGCAGAUGUGAAAAAGCCAUUUCAGAACGUUCUAAACCCUGCUAGCAGUGACAUCAGCGAUGCUUUUCCUGUCUGUGUUCAACUACCCACAAACCAUCUAAAAAAGUCACGCAUCAGCGCUUAUAAAGCGACACACCGUCAUCGCAAAAUCAGCCGAUCCUCCACCUCCACACUGAGUCGUUUGAGCCUGAAAGCCCCUGUUGAAGACCUGUGUGCGUCCUUUCUGUUGGCGUGUUUGUUCUGCAAGUUUUGGGAUUGCUUGCUGGCCGUUGGUGAUGGAUGUCAAUACUGUGUGGCCUCUAUCUGUUCAUCCGUCUGCUCUAACGCAUGCUGUUGCGACCCUGCCUCUCUGGAGGACUUUACAGAUUUUUGCCCAUGUUGCACCUGCGCAGAAUACAUGGCAGCGUGCGGCUGUAGUUGCGGAGAAACCACCUUUGACUGCUCUGUUUGCGAUCUCUGUCUACAGACGACCGAGUGUCUGGAACUAGGCAUGGAACUCUCUCAGCUUCUGUUUCACUAGCUGCUCAUGACAUCUCACACUCAUUUAUAUACUGCUCGUGACAAUCAGAUAAAGCUGGAAUGGAAUGUAGUAAAUUUUAAUGUGCUGAUUUCACAAGCAUGUAAAUCUGCUGUUUCACCGUGGCUGUGAUACUGCACGGCUGCAUUUGGUACUGCAUUUUGAUACUGCAUUAGAGGAUAAUAAAAGCAUAUGCUGUUUACAUGUCACCUGAACUAGAAUAUAUUGAAAUUCAUUUAAAAUAUUUUGUUUAGCUCAUCGCAGUUUAAGAGUAAAUAUUCGGUAAAGUUAAAGUCCGUGCAUUCCAAAAAAAUGCAGGGUUAUUUUUUUUUAACCAAAAUACUGGGUUCAGCCAGUUUUUAUUGAGUCAUUUUAUUGAGUUGUUUUUAAUAUUUUACGCAGGUGCUGGGUUAUUUUUUUAACUCAAAUGCUGGGUUCAACUUGUUGGUUCAUUUUAUUGGGUUAUUUUUAAUAUUUUUUACCCAGGUGCUGGGUAAUUUUUCUGUAACUAAGUUCCAGGGUAGAGCCUGUCUCCGACUAAAUAACCCAGCUGCUGAGUUACAGUCAGAGCAUGGGCUUUUUGAGUCUUCUGCAGGAGUUCCAGCGCAGCCGAUAUGGUGCACUUCUUCAGCGAAAUAAGGGUUUGUAUACAUUUUAUUUCAUUUAUAACUUUUUACUGUGCUGUAAACUGUAUUAUUUUACACAAUGCAACAUAAAGACGAUAUCAGUCAGCUGCGUCACUUCGCAUGAUGGAAACGCCUUUUGCCUUGCAUAAAAUAAAUUGGUUUUAUUUGUUAUAGUAUUGAGUUUAAUUUAAUUUCAUGUUAACAAAUUUUAAUGUUCUCUAAUGUCAGUACUGUUUGUUUAUGGGAAGGUUUUGGAGCAGUCACGGCAUCUUUCAGCUAAGAGUGAAACGCAAGGCCACAGUCUGAAGUUCGCAGUUACCCUGGCAAACAGCAGCCCUUCGCCUCAGAUUUCGGUGACACACCUGCACGAGAAUUAGCGCUAUUUCAUUAAAAAGCGAUUAUAGAAAAUGGUUGAAAACACUGAAAUUAAAAUUAUACUUUUAAUUGUUACGUUUUUAUUGUCUAAAAUGAUUGUUAAAUGAGUUUAAAUGUAUGUAAUAUUGUAAACUAUGCUGUAUUCACCCAAAUAAAUUCAAUUUGUCUUGUAUUUUGUCCAUGUGUUCUUGCUUAAUAAUAAAUGUUCAUUCUUUUGAUUAUUGCUGUUGCCUCUAGUAAUACCGUGUGGGGUUUUUUUUAAGUUCCAGACCAUUUUAAGCCAGCAAUAUAAUAAUUUUUAAACAAUACUUGACCUAAAAAAAUAACCCAGCAUAUUUGGUAAAAACAUUUAACCCAACCAGCUUGGUCAAAACAACCCUGCAUGUGUUCUGACCAAUAUUUACCCAGCGCUGGGUUGCCAAAUAACCCAGGUUGGGUUGUUUUUAACCCAGCAUUUUUCAGAGUAAAAUGUAUUGCUAAAAACAUGUUACAAAGACUGUGAACUAUUUAGUACUGAAUUGUGGAAUUAAACCGUUAAACAAUUUUUUCACAGUUUUUGUGUUUAGGAUAUUAUGGGUGGGCCUGAAAUCAU